UUAAUAAAGAUGGGAAAAAAGGAAACAACUUAAAUUUUAGACAAAUGAUUUUAGUAUAUAAAUUUGAUUUUGUGUUUAUACAGAAUAUAAAGAUUUCCCUCAUUAAUCUCUCAUGUGAAUUGGAUUACAGGCCAGAAGGAAGACACAUUCUGCGCACAAAAUACACCUCGUAUGUGUGCAACUGGUGACAAAUGGUGUCCUGCUCCUGCAUGUACAUUAAAGGACUGCCUCCACUGUCUGUGGUUUGGUCACGUGGACCUUAAGGAAUUUUCUGGGCAGGUAGGCUUCAUUCUGGUUCUGGGACUUGAGCCUCCUUCAUCCUCUAAGGAUUUCACCCUUUACCUACUUCAGUUGUAGGCUUGGGCUUCUCUUUACCUUUGAUACCUUCUCCACCUCAGUUACUGCCCGCUGCUUCAGGCCACCGCUGCGGACCUUCACCUGGGACUGGUUAUUUUGUUUCUUUACCCUGGGCCCAAGGAACCCUGAGGGUGCAGCUGCAGGUGAGUGAGAUGAAGGGGUGGCCAAUGUGAGAGUCCUGGCCCUCGGGGACCUCGGGAAUCUCUGCAUGUGCGACUGAGGACCAGAGCUACCAGGUCCUGUAGGGAUUCCCAGAAACAAGUAGGAAAAGGUGCACUAGGAACCUGCAAGAAUGGAGCUCGGAAAGCCCAGAAUUCAGAGUCCAGGUGCCUGGAACUUUCUCAGUUCUCUGUGCUGGAUCCUGUGCGGGGAGGUACUGAGGAUUCCUGAUUUUCUCAGCAGCUCUGGUCACACCCUAGGCUGCCUGGGCUCAGAAAGGACCAUGGCAAAGAGAGCCACCACCAUGUACAAACUUUCUCUCAGUCUGGGCCUUUUGGUGCUGCUGAAUUUUCUGAGAACCGCGAUGCUAGAUAGUGAGCUCCCAGGGUCUACAUGGAGGGGGUCUACAUGGAGGGGGUUGGGGCCCUGAACAAGGACCUAGCUAAGUCAGGAAGUUCUCUCAGUCCUGAGCUUCCAGGAAUCUCCUAGGCUUCUUCUCCACUUCACCACCUUAGCAAAUGGAGACCCUGGAUAUUCCUGCCUCUACUCCCCUCCUCCACGCUGCACAUAGAAGUUCUGAAAAAAAAAGUUAUGGCAGGAGGGCAUAGAGGGGCUACAGGGUUGAAGGUUACAGCUGACAGAAAAGAGUACUUGGUGAUGUCCUCAGCACCACUGGGGUCCUUAGGAAGGAAGUCUAAAAACCAGUCUCUGGGACUGGAUAUGCUGGGCACAGUGCUGAGCCCUCCAAGGGAAAGGCUCAGACAGCUGACCUGGAUCUAAGGCAGGCUGUGCUCAGAAGACUGCCUUCCUGAGGAUUCCUCACAAGCUCUGGACCAUUUCAGAAUCUGUUCUUGAGCUUUCCCUCCUACCUUCCCAUCCACAGUCUCAUGGUACCUCCCAGAAGGGUGGGAAAGAAAGGUUUAAGGAGAUACUUUGGGCCUUCAAGCAGGUCACAGACAGACAGAGAUCUCUUCGUGAGAAUGCAUUAGGUGUGUUGAUUAAAGUGGGGGAAGCUGAGUUCUGAUGGCCAACAGUGCUGUGUGACAGAGCACAGUGGGAGCAGGGAUGAGCACUGACCUCACAGCUAGCAGCUGUCCUGUCCAGGACAACUGGGGCAUUGCCUCAGGAGCUUCCCUCAACACCAGGAUUCAUGUUGAAUUUCCAUGUGUUCUAUGUUGCCUCCCUUCCCCCUGAGUGUUCAGAUAGAUUUUCAUCCCCAGGAACAUGGAUAUUAUCUGACAGAUUUUAUACUUCAGCACUUGAUAUUAGACAAUAAAAGUACUUGCAAGACAAAUUUCCCGGGUGACAUAUAUGCCUUUGAGGAGUUCUAAGACAGUUAACUAUGGCAUAGAAUUAAGAUCCAGAAACUGCUGGAACUCUUGAUUAGAGGCUUCUCCUCCUGAUCCAUCAGAGAGAUUGUGAGUGCUAGAAAGCCAUGACUCCUUUGGAUCCCUGCUCCCACUUUGGACCUCACCUGCCUAUUUCUCUCACAGGUACAGACUCUCUAAGUUGUACCUUCACUGUUAAGUACAGAUCCUCACCUGGACAGUGCUCAGUGAAUGGAAAGCCUCUCCUUCUUUUUAAUGAUGAAAGACAGAACUCACGGGGUAAACCUGAAAAGAAGGGAAAUGCCACUAAGGUGUGUGCUGAAUUGAACCAAAGACAUUUUUCAGAAGAUGAUGAACCUGGAGUCAUGGCUCUUUGAGUCCAAGGGUAAUCACACCUUGCAGGUCACUGUACAAUCUCAAUAUAAUCAAGGAAUAUUCAUGGAUGGAUGCUGGGCCUUCACGAUUGAUAGACAGUAUCCCUUCUACUUUUAUCCAAAAAACCUGACCUGGAGAGAGAGUCAUCCUGAUGCCAGCAGGACCGUGAGUCAAUGGCAGAACAACAGGGAAAUAGCCCAGAGUCUCAGGACGUGCUCCAUGGGGGAUUUCAGCCAGUGCCUCAGGAAAUUGUUGACAGACUCCAGAGAAGUGCCAAGAUCAACAAUAACGACCUUGGAUCCCACCCAGCCUUCAUCUGCCACCCAGAUUCCACCCACAGUGGACAGUGCCUCAUCUGUGUUUACCACCUGCAGUCAAAAUAUAUUUGUAUUGAUUCCUUGUUUAGCAAUAUUAAUCAUCAAUGCAUUGAUCCGUUAGGUGCCUUUGUGGUUGCUACCAUGAUGAAGAAAAAGGUAAGGAAAGGGCUGGGCUCACUCUUCUUCUUGGUAUAUUAAUCAGGUAAGAACAUAGGAAAGGGGUCCCAAUGGUCUAACGCAAGCCACUCUCUAUCUGUGUACUAGAAUGAAGUCUAAGCUUAGUCUUCAACCCCCUCUCCAGAGUAAUGUUGGAGAUGAUGAUUGUUGGGCACAGGAGGAAGGCAGAGUCAGCAUAACUCUACAGUCAGCAGAGGAUGAACCAGGAAUGUCCUCGUGAGGGAACAGAGAAUCCAUAGUCCUAGGAUCCAAAUAAGAUACAAGGAAAACCUAAAUGAGGUGUUCACUCAUCAUAACAACAAAAGUUACCAUAAGAAUGUGAUUAAAGGUCUGGUUUUUUUCUGGCGAUGACAUGAUCCAGUGCAGUAAUUCUUAUGCCCAGGGCCACGUGUGUACAUCAACAGCUCCUGACUUAGGCCAGCCCUUAAUACAGAAGGAUCAGAUUGAGCAGAGUGUUCAAGAAGUCGGCUGACCUGUAAUCUGAGCACUCAGGCAGCUCAGUGAGAAC